AUGCGAUCUAUUCAAGACCUUGCCAGUAUUACCGAUCAUCCUAUAAUUUGCCAUAUUCUUGUUUGCUCAUGUAUUUUACUAUUUCUUAUUUUGGAUUUAUUUUGUAUCUUCCUCUUUCUUCAGCAAGAGGUCUCGGUGAGAGAUCCCGAAGAUCGCGUAGCCCUUCACUAUGCAGCCGAGACAAUGGAUUUGGAAAUGUUCCAAAGAAUCCUUGAGCGAGAUCUCACCCUUCUCGAUUGCGAGGACCGAAAUGGGCAUACACCUUUGCUGAUGGCUGUGAUGAAUGGUCGUACAGACUUGGUCAAAUUUCUUCUCUCAAAAGGUGCCAACAUAAACCAUCGCGACAGAGAUGGUCAUUCUGCAGUGCACUGGGCAGUCGUCUGUGGCCAGCUAGACACGCUAAAUUUCCUGCUCGCUGAAGGGGCUGACGUCGAGGCACCGGAUUCAUUGAAAGCUACUCCACUGCACUACGCUACGGCUACUGAAGAGAUCUCCGCUGAAUUGGCACUGUCUGUUCUUCACACCUUAAUUAAAGCCGGAGCAAUACCAAACUGUCGAGACGUGGAUGACCGCACGCCAAUACUUUGGGCUGCGAGCAAUGGUAAUCUGGAGGCUAUGCACUCGCUGAAGCAAGCAGGUGGCAACCUCGAAGCCGUGGAUCGUGACCGUUUGGGUGUGCUUCACUGUGCGGCAAGUCACGGUUAUCACGAGACAAUCGACUUCUUCAUGGAAGCCGCACCUCACACGCCCGUCGACCAGAGAGAUCGCGCUGGCCAUUCUGCACUGUUCUAUGCGGUCACCUAUGGUCAUUACGAAGCAGCUAAACAUCUUCUGGAUCACGGUGCCAGUCCGAAUCAUCAGGACAACCGCUUACGUACGCCUUCGCACUGUGCAGCUGCCAAGGGUCAAAUGCGAAUGCUGAAAUUGCUCAAGCAGUACAAUGCAUCCUUCGAGAUACAAAACUAUCGUGGCGACUUGCCGGUCCAUGAAGCCGUUCAGUCCAGGAGCAAAGACGUUGUCGAAUGGUUGCUUGCUCUUCAGCCGUCUUCUAUUAAUGCGGCUAGCCAUGAAGGACGUACUUGUCUCCAUUUGGCUGCUGCUCAAGGCAAUUUAGAGAUGGUCGUGUUGCUCUGUACAAAAGGCUGCUUCGUAGAUCCAUUAAUGCUCUACAAGGAAAACCUCUACACUCCCUUGGACUUGGCUCGACGAAAGAAUCACCAGGUUGUGGUGGACUAUCUCUCGAAAAAGCAUGAGGCUAAGACCGCGGCUGAAAUCCCUGACGAAGAACGGGAAAAGAGUAGGACUACCUUUGAGGAGCGACUAGUGCAAGCUAAGCUUGCUCGUGGACGGCAUCUUCAGGAUGAUGUUGAUGAAAAUGAUGCUAUGAUGAAGAAGUCAAAGGGGAAGCGCCGAAGAAGCAUGGAGGAUGCCGAAUCUCAUCGGGAAGUGAAAAGCACUGGGGUGAACACCAACUCUAUUCGGCGAGCCUCGUCGGCUGAUUUGACGAAAGCUUUUCCGAAGUCGACAUCGACCACUGAUCUUACUGAAGGUGACGACUUACAAGAUGAUGAAAGAAUCGAGAAUUUCAUCCGAGAGGAACUACAAAAAAUCGUGGCGGCCAAGCAGAAGCUUGAAAUGAAGUCGCCGAACAAGGAGAAUGAAGGCGGUGAUGCGUCGGUGACCUCGAAGGACCAAAAUAACGAAGGCUACCUGCCUGGCUUCAUUGACGUCGAUGAGGAGUUUGAAGAGCUGCCGCCAAUCAGUGACACCAGCGAGGAAGAAUACGAAGAUAACGAGAACACCUCUCAGUCUCAUGAGAGAGUAAUGGCGGAAAACCACGGCAAUGAUCGGCCGCCGAAGCCGGUCUCAAAGAAGGCCGGUGCACAGACGAAGUCGAACAAAAGGAUGCAGGCGCGUUCCGGUAGUACCAAAGAGAGGCUUGUUCGCAUCAAAACAGAUGCGGCUCCUGGAGAUGACGGCAAACGUGUGCUGAUGCGAGUUCGACGGCUGUCUGAUACUGGUGAUGAAGCAGAAGAAUACGAAGUUUACGAAGACGACUGGGAGGAACUGGGUACAGGUCGUGCGACUGGAAAAGAUGCUUCAAAACGAUACAUCCAUGAGAAGUCUAUCUUCCAAGAACUAACACACUUGAAGAGAAUGCAAAUACAGUACGGCAAGGUGCAAGAGCGUAUACUUGUGAGAUCACUGGUAGGAAAUUUCUGUAAGAUGCAUGGACUCGAUCCUGUACACUUCAAGUUCCAGACAUUUUACUCCUGGGAGAAAUUUCUCUACGACCAGUUGAAGCUGAUCUACAUGGAAGAGCGAGCGAGACUGUCACAUGCGAGGGCUGUACCAUCUUCAAACUCGACAGCGAUUGACCGAUUUGAAACGCGUAUUCGACAAGCGCGAGCCGUGCCGCUGGGCAAUGAUCGCGUGAAGCGCAUGAGCCGAGUGUACGGCAGUAGUACGAUGACCAGCGGAAAGUCUCUGCAGUUGAAGAAACCCGACAAACAAAGUGCAUUGGGAUCUGGCGGCAAACGAUGCGACUGCCUUGGCAAACACCUCCUCAUCAAGCAACAGUGA